AUGCUCCUUGGCCGGCUAUCCACUCUUCUGUGCCUGCUUAGCGGGGCCCUGCCUACAGGCUCAGGGAGGCCUGAACCCCAGUCUCCCCGACCUCAGUCCUGGGCUGCAGCCAAUCAGACCUGGGCUCUGGGCCCAGGGGCCCCGCCCCCAUUGGUGCCAGCUCCUGCCCUUGGAAGCUGGAAGGCCUUCUUGGGCCUGCAGAAAGCCAGGCAGCUGGGGAUGGGCAGCCUGCAGCGUGGGCAAGACGAGGUGGCUGCUGUGACUCUGCCGCUGAACCCUCAGGAAGUGAUCCAGGGGAUGUGUAAGGCUGUGCCCUUCGUUCAGGUGUUCUCCCGGCCUGGCUGCUCAGCCACACGCCUCCGAAAUCAUCUGUGCUUUGGUCGUUGCUCCUCUCUCUACAUCCCUGGCUCGGACCCCACCCCAUUAGUCCUGUGCAACAGCUGUAUGCCUGCUCGCAAGCGUUGGGCACCCGUGGUCCUGUGGUGUCACACUGGCAGCUCAGCCUCCCAUCGACGGGUGAAGAUAUCCACCAUGCUGAUCGAGGAGUGUCAUUGCAGCCUGAAGGCAUGAACUGAGCAUGUGGAUGGGUGCACGGAGACACGCACCUUGGAGAGAUGAGGGGAGAUGGACCAAGAAAGACGUGGACCUGGAUGAUGUACUCUGGGUCAAGAGACCAGGGAUGCAGGGUUAGGCAGACAGGUCCCCAGAGUCCUCACCCUGCUCCCCAGACACUAGACACAGUGCCUAUCCUGGAGUUGCACCACUGAUAGUCGCAGCACACAAUGACUGACAACUCUUUUUUUUUUUUUUUUUUUUUGAGACAGAGUCUUGCUCUGUCACCCAGGCUGGAGUUCAGUGGCUUAAUCUUGGCUCACUCCAACCUCUGUGUCCUGGGUUCCAGCAAUUCUCCUGCCUCAACCUCCUGAGUAGCUGGGAUUACAGGUGCUCACCAUCACACCCGGCUAAUUUUUGUAUUUUUAGUAGAGAUGGGAUUUCCCCAUGUUGGCCAGGCUGGUCUCAAACUCCUGACCUCAAGUGAUCCGCCCCCACUUGGCCCUCCCAAAGUGCUGCGAUUACAGGCGUAAGCCACCAUGCCCAGCCAACCACUGACUGUUUACCAGGCCCCAUGCUAGGCAUUUGACACAUACUAACUCGUGUAAUCCUUAUAGCAGCUCAAUGGGAUAGGGGCUAACAUCACCCCAUUUUACAGAUGAGAAAACCGAGGCCCCGAGUGGCGAAGCCACUCACCCAGAGUCACACCACAGUACAGAGGAGUCACACCACAGUACAGAGGAGUUACACUGCAGUAGAGUCACACCGCAGUACAGAGUCACACCACAGUAAGCAGCACA